AUGUGUGCCCUGCAGCAUCCCCGGCCAUCUCCUGCCGGCAUCCAUCUUUCGGGUUCCAGUCCUGCAAGCGUCUGGGCGUACGGGGCCAUAACCGGUGGGAGAUUUGAAAAUUUUAAAAAUAAAACAUUAGUGUUUCAAAGCAUUUCACAUACAUUUUGUCCCUACUGCUUUGUCCUGUGCCCUGCCUGCAUUAUUACUGUUCUUUCUGCCUGCAAACUUAGAAAAGUCCAUGGCGUCCAAAAAGUGUCCCUUUAGGUAAAAAGCGGCUUUAGACCAGCUAGAAUACAGCGAUAGUAAAUCAGAACCACUUGCAGAAUUGA